AUGGAUUCCGGUUACAGUUCGCAUGUCCCUUCUCUUAGAGAAAAGAAGAAUUUUCUGAUGCGACGUAUUUUGUUUACAAAGCGAGACGGGCCAUUGCGACAUCUCACGCGAUAUAAGCGGACACAAGUCGAUACCAACGAGUUCAACAAAAUUUUCAAAAGGGCUAUCAAAUCUGCCGUGGAUAGCCCCGAAGUCGUAGCGGUCCUGGAUAACGAAGAGCCUGAGUUUGCGCUGGCGCUUGGGCUUGCGCUGAAGCGUAUAGUGCCGGCGAUCAUGGGGCCUGAUACGAAAGUCAUUCAGGAGGCUGGAGAGCUUGCGCGCGAGGCCUGGGCGCUGUCGAAAAGUAUCUUCGAUUGUCGGGAGGAACUACGAAACCUGUUGGAUGUCCGAUGGAUUGCCAUUUCCCGUCGAUGGAAUAAGUAUAAGCUCUCCAGUCGCAAGAGGGUGUUGCGAGGCGCGUGGCCGGAUAUGAUUCCCGCUCGUCUGUCGAAAGACCCGCUGUCUGGCAGCGUCCCGGUCACGGAUGUAAAGGGUCUGAGGGAGGCAUAUAUGUGGCCGUAUAUUAACCUGGAGGAUCUCCUCCCCGGCGACCGACUGCUCCUUUUCAUGGAAUCAAGGGGUCGCGAGCAUCCAAGCGUCUUUGUCCACAGCGAUUUACUUAGCUCCAAGUCCGCAGUAGAGAGCGGGAUAGUCAAGAUAAACUUCCUCGAUAAUCAUUUCAUGCGACUCGACGCCGGGGACCAUGACGACGACAAGGAUACGUACGACGAAUACGGCAGAUUGGAGCCCUUUUCUCGACGCUCGAGAGCGGAGAUAGAAGCGCUGCUUCUAACCGGCGCGGGUUUCCUCCCGGGGGAAGGGAUCCUCGUCCUCGAAAUCCAAGAGCGAAUCAUGAGGUUCCUCCUAGAUUGCUGCCGCGGCAUUCUUCACGACGCCGCCGCCGAUGAGGUAAAGGGUGGACGCAAGACCCCCCUCGCGACCCUGGCGGCAGAAGCACCUUAUAGAAAACCCUCGGAAAUCGACUUGCGCCAGUCGCAGCAGCUAGUCGCAGCCCACCACUUCGACGCAGAGGACAACUUUUGGGCGUUGCGUGAGGACCCGGGUUUCUUCGCCGAGGCUAUCUCGGAUAUUACUAGAUAUUUGCAUGGUGAUGAUGAUGAGAAGCCACAGGAACGAGACUUGGUUAUUAUGUCUCGACACCACGUGUUCGCUGUUCGCAAGACUUUGAGGGAUACCUAUGGUGAUGUUGUCAUCUGGCGGGAGCUCGAGGUCCGUAUUGCAGAACUGGACAAAGAAGUAAAGAUGCCUUCGGAAAAGCUGCCGCGCAAGACGGCGCUCUUUCGGCUAAAGGAUUGCUUGAUGUAUACCAUCCAAUAUUUUGCUUCUCAGCUAGAGUCGUUCGCGAUCGAAAUCGAGACCCAGGAAGGAUUCACGGCAUCAUAUGCUCUCCACGACUGCAUCGCCGACUCUCGCGGCGAUGUCGACUCGAGCAUAUCCCUGGUUAGCGAUAUCGAAACGAUAUUGAAAAACGACGCUUAUCUUCGGUCUUACAUCCUACCGGCGACCGCUAAGACUCUCGAGAAGCUUUUCGUAGCUUGUGAAUCGCUCCGGCAGUUAAGACUCUAUCAGCCGUAUACCCCAGGGCUCUGGAGCGACGACGGCGAAUGUAGUAGCAUCGAGCUGCCAGUACUCGAUACCAUCUUCAAAGCGUCCGAGAUAGACAAGGGUAUAAUAUUCGAUUUGAUCUCUCCUUUACAACCCGCAUUCGCAUUCCCUGUCUAUGAGAGUCAUAUCUGUGCUACGACAGAGGCCAAGCUCGCGGCUCAUGAGAACCUAAAACGGUUCUGGGACCAAGCCGAUGCAUUAUUCGAAGAUGGUGGAGGACAGAGACCCCACGAGCUCCUGAAGGACUAUAUUGCACAUAAACAAGUUCGAAAUGAAUGCCUCUCCGAUGCCACAGUGCCCGACGAAUCACGGGCGCUAACGUGGGCGUCAUCUUCUCCCACGUCAAAUUUAAAUAUUUUUACGGCAUCCCUUCCCUCGUCGUCGAUUUCACUAUCAAGCAGUAUACCAACAAGCCCCUCCGUACAGCAGCAGCAGCAGCCUCUAAACGCCCCUAGGCAGCUCAUAAGGCUCCAACGCCGAAACGUAGAGGUGAUCAGGGCGUUAUUCCUCGGAGACGCGCGAACGGAAAUCCGAUGGGAUAGCUUCCUACGAGCCAUGGAAAAGAUAGGGUUUACGAUACAACCCGUGAAGGGCUCAUCGUAUCAAUUUACGUAUCCGAUCAGUUCCGGCAAACAAAAAUCUAUUCUAAUCCAUAAGCCCCACCCACGUCAAGUAAUUAGCAAGGCCUCGGCGCGGAAUAUAGGAAAUAAGCUAACGCGUGCCUAUGGAUUGACGGCGGACCAGUUCGAAGAAGUUGUAGAAGCUUAG